GCUCCUGUUAUGUUUCUCCCUAUCUCUCUUACAUUCCUUUGUUGUCUCCGUCUCUCUCCCUCUCUUUCUCUUCAACCUUUCAACUCCUCUCUUUCAAAUUUAUCCUUUCGUCAUCUUCAUCUUCUACACGGUAUCGUUUCUUCUGUUUAAUAAUUAUAUAUAAAAAAGAAACCCUAUUUUCGGUUUACGAAUCUAGGUUUAUUAUUUAUUAUGUUUAUUAUCGAAGUUUAAUUCUUUGAUAGCAACACGUUUAGUAGGGUUUUCAAAAUUAAAAGCAAAAGAAUUGGGGGAGUUAUGUAUAGAGAUCGAGGAGGUGGGGCGAAAUCGGAAUUAGUUGGCGGAUCUUUGGAUCGAAAGCGUAUAAAUGAUGCUCUGGAUAAGCACUUAGAGAAGUCCUCCCCUUCUACUUCCAGGGCUUUGAGUUCUAAGGAUAAGGAAAGAUUGUCCAUUCCUUCUACUUCCACGGGUAAAUCGCAGCUCGAUCAUCGCGAUUCUCGCUCUGCUUCGAUUGCGAAGAACAAGUGCUCAGAUGAGGAAUCAGAAACAGACAGUGAAGAAUCAGAUGUUAGUGGUUCAGAUGGAGAUGAUACAUCUUGGAUCUCAUGGUUUUGUAAUUUGAGAGGGAAUGAAUUCUUCUGUGAAGUUGAUGACGAAUACAUCCAAGAUGAUUUUAAUCUCUGUGGACUGAGCAGCCAAGUUCCAUACUAUGAUUAUGCUCUUGAUCUAAUAUUGGAUGUUGAAUCUUCUCAUGGUGAUAUGUUCACAGAAGAACAGAAUGAAUUGGUGGAAUCAGCAGCAGAAAUGCUGUAUGGUCUCAUUCAUGUCCGAUAUAUAUUGACCAGCAAGGGAAUGUCUGCAACGUUAGAGAAGUACAAAAACUAUGAUUUUGGGAGAUGCCCUAGAGUUUACUGUUGUGGACAACCGUGCCUUCCUGUUGGUCAAUCAGACAUUCCUCGUUCAAGUACUGUUAAAAUAUACUGUCCAAAAUGUGAAGAUAUAUACUAUCCUCGAUCAAAGUACCAAGGCAAUAUUGAUGGUGCAUAUUUUGGGACUACAUUUCCUCAUCUUUUUCUGAUGACAUAUGGACACUUAAAGCCGCAAAAGGCAACACAGAGUUAUGUCCCAAGAGUUUUUGGCUUCAAGCUCCACAAGCCUUGAGUCUGGAGUUGCUUGGUCCAAUUGCAUUGAGUUGCCCUCUUGUCCUUCUGCAGUGGUAUAACAUAUACGCAUUGAUCAGAUGCUUCUGUUGAAGUAUGAAAGGCCCUAAGUGAGGUAAAUUGAGGCAGUUCAACUCGGAGAGUUGUAACAAUUGAUCUGAAAGUGAAAAAAUGUUUAAAAUGCUAGAUGGCCUACUAGUACAGUAAACCUAUCUUUAAAUUUUAUUCCUGCAUUUAACGGAGCGUUUGUAAGCUUAUUUGGUUUACUGCUUUGAAGACUGUUUGAAGCGCUUUACAUUGUA